AGUUUAAAAAUAGCGCCAAGACACGUUACCCUAGAUCCGAAUUCUAAAUUUAACUCAGUCUACAAAGCAUGGCUUCGCAGCCAGCAUCACGCGAUAUCAGUCACUCAGCUGAUCACCGGCCAGAAAAAAACGCACAAAUCGACAUCGAAAAAAUCAAAUCUCUCCUUACCGACGAACAAGUGUUUAGUGAUAAUGUCGCUAGAAAACGCAGAAGAUUCACCAAGAAGCGCAGCACCAGCUUAACCAAACGCGAUUUAACGCCGAUACGGAAAUUAGACGAAAAAAUCACCACAUCCGAAGAUGACCUACCCGAACGCAAACCGAGCACACCCGAUCAUCCACGACGACCCAAACGAAACAAAUCAGUACAAAAUAGGUAUCUAAGCGAAACGGACUCACCUUCUUUAGAAAGCAGCAAUGCUUCGCGAACUCCCAGCUUUAGAUCGAAGCUUAAAGCAUUUGAAGAAAAACUCAGACUUCCACGCGAGCCUGAGGUACGUUCUGCUAGAUCAGAAGAACGUUCAAUACUACUACAACCAACAGAAAAAUCUAAAAAACGAUUCCAACGACGUUCUGAAGAUCGUGAACGUAAGAAAAGCCUUUCGGAUCUAGCACAAGAAGAAAUCUACGCUCUAUUCAAAAAAAUCAAAUCUCCUACAACAGACGAACCUAAAAAACGCUUUGUGACUGGAUCAGAAGAGCGUAAGAAGAGUCUAUCGGACUUAGCACAAGAAGAAGUCGUAACACUAUUUAACAAAACAAAAAAAUCUAUUACUAACGCAGCUAUCAAAGGUAGAGAUAGAUUUAGAAAGGAUAAAGAACUAGUCAAAAGAUCACAAAGUGCUCCUAAUCAACACGAAGAACAAGAACUUAUAGAAUCUUUCAAACAGGCACAAUUAGUAACUACAGUUAGACAAAGAAAACCUAGAAAAUAUUCUGAAUCAAAUGUAGCGCACAUUAUACCUGAUGCAGAUUUUCCAGGACCUAUUAUCAAAAAAGCCAAAGCGCUUAGACCAGGCUCUGUAUCCGGUUUGAAAAGUAGAAAAAAUAUAACUAAAUACUCAUCGAAAAUAGUAGAAAUUCUAGAUCCAACAUCGAAAAACAUCCUAUCAAGAAAAACAAUGAUAAAAGUACCAGAAAUCGGUCUUAAAGACCUAUUUAAAAUUCUAAAAUUCUAUUCCAUCAGAGAAAUCUAUAAGGAAUACAAAAAAUACAAAACAAAAGAAAUGAAAGUUGAAUAUAAAAGAAUAAAAGUAUUAUGGAACAAAUGUAUGUUCGAAUUAUUCCUCAUCAUGCUCUACUGCGCUAUCGGGGGAUUUAUAUUUAAAUUUACGGAAGGGCAAUUCGAGAAUUUCUAUAAAUGCGGGGUGAAGCGGGUGAAAAGGGAUUUCAUAGACUUGUUGUGGGUGAAGAGUCACAAUUUGAGAGAGGAAGAUUGGAAGUCUUUGUUUAGGAAUAAGUUGAGAGUGUUUGAAGAAGAAUUGCAUGUGGCCCAUGAAGCUGGUAUGACGACUUACAGCGGUCAGAGGUCUUGGAGUUUCUUGAACGGGAUUGUAUACUCUUUGUCAAUAAUAACUACAAUUGGUUACGGCCACAUUUAUCCCACAACACAAACUGGAAGAGCGCUGACAAUCGUCUACGCCAUAGUGGGGAUUCCCUUGUUCCUUAUCGCCCUGACGGAUUUCGGCAAAUUGUUCACCAGGGCGAUCAAAUUUCUAUGGUCGUUUGUUAGGAGAUGUUACUAUACAGGUAGCUGUAGAAGUGUACGGAAGAACGCACAAGUAUCAGAAAUCUUCAAAGGAGCACAGUUCAUGUAUGAAAUAGCCACAUUCCGUAGACCUUCUAAUGUUUCCACCGAAGACCACCCUGAUAAGCCAGUAGAUGGCGGUACUCCAGCCGCUGGUACGAUCAACACAGAAGGCACCCCCACCACACCUGAACUGUCAAAUUUCGAAAUCGAUGACGAGUUUAAUCUACCAAUAUCGGUAGCUCUAUUUAUCCUAGUGGCGUAUAUGUUUAUAGGAGCAGUGAUAUACUGCGCGUGGGAGAAUUGGGAGUUUUUCGGAUCGUUCUACUUCGUGUUUAUAUCGUUAUCUACUAUUGGUUUUGGUGACUACGUACCAAGGAACCCUAUUGGUAUGAUAGUAUCAAUUGUGUACUUGGUUUUUGGACUAGCGCUCAUGUCUAUGUGCAUCAACGUAGUCCAGCUCAAAUUGUCCGAUACCUUCCAGCAAGCUUCUUUGAAGUUGUCUUCCACCAUGGGAUUUGAGAUACCAGAUGACGAGCUAGAAGGUGAAAGAAUCGAAAAUAAAGUUGAUGGUGCUAUUGAAGAAGCUGCGAUUGGUUUGCAGGUAUCUAAAGAUCCUUAUGACAACCCCAAAGAUGCACCAGUUACUUUAGCUCCUACGAUUAUUGAUAAGAAUGAGAAAAAUAUUAGAAAAGAUGGUUUGAGUAGUGAUGAUGCAAGGUUUGAGGAUGAAAAUAUGAUUCCAAUUGGUUUUAAGGAGAGAUGAUAUA